AUGAGGAGCGCGGUAACGCAGGCACAGGCUACCGCUGAUAUCAUUGAUACAUCAAUUGCUAUAUACACAGCGUACAGAAAAGGAGAAACACUUCAUACCAUAUUCAUUCCUCCGACGAUCAACCAUACCAAUCGCCAAUCGCCAAUACACUCUAGAGGACACACCAUGCCUACCACCCAACUAUCUGCCAGCUUCAUCGAGCACAACUCUGUGCCUACGCAUUACGUCCAUCCGUAUAUCUUCACGCACGAAAGCGACGAAACAGGCGACGUCUACGUUUGGUCUUCAAAUGAUAACUCGCUCUAUGCUACCCUGGAAGAACCUAUGGCCGAUCCGAAGGCUCACCACUUGUUACCCAAUGAUUAUCUUCUCAGUCUAACCACCGCUACGGAGAACCACGCACUUAGCGAAAUACUCAUCCACAAACUUCCUGAUGGCGUACUAGUCGACCGGAUGACACUUGGCCCGCUCGACUCCUCAGGAUCUGACGGAAACUCCAAGUUUCUCUGUGUAUAUGAGGGAAAUAUUGCUGUUUGGAGAAAUAAAGACGCCAGCGACGGGAGUGGAUUCGUCGAGAUCUACACCUUGUCAGCCGACGGAAAACUGGUUUUAUCAGAAACUCUCCUUCCUCGUCAAGAUUGCCCAAGCUUCGAAAGCGACGCGUUGCCGGGGAAAUACUUCCCACCAUCCGCACUCUUCACGAUAAACAACGAAAUCAUCACAGUCAACGCAUCCAAGCGUUCAUUCCCGAACUGUAUCGACGUGAUCCGCUUCACCUCAAGCACCAAUGCCUCCCGACAAAAAUCCCUCACGUUCGAUUUCUUAACCACAGAACUUCCAACCCCCAACGCCGAUAUGCAAAGCAGCCUCUCUGGACACGUAUACCUCACCACCCACAAGGCGGUGAUUCUAGCACAUAACGAAUUCCCAUUCGAAAGCUCCGGAACAAAUCCAGUCACUGCCGUCCGAUGUCUCGACGUAGACACUCUCGAGCUUAAAUGGUCUACAUCUCUGCCGUGCGAUACGUGCAAGCUGCGGUACAUUCCCCAGCUCGACGUAAUAGUCUCCCUAGGGAAUGCUAUCACCUCUCUCAAAGAUGAGGAUGGCACACUCCUAGGUUCAAAGUCCCAUCUAUCCAUCGUUGCUCUUGAUCCGGCUACAGGGGACAUCCGUGCGUCUCAUAUACUUGGUGGACCCGAGAGACCAUGUGGUAAUGUGCACUGGGAGGAGAUGGCGGGUGUCUGCUGCGACGUGACGCCUGCGGGUGAUAGCAUAACUGUUAUACACGGAGACGGCCAGAUGGCUGUUAUCCCUGUGAAAGAGCUCCUCGGCCUCGCACCUGCAGAGUUUCUCAAGAAUGAUAAAAAACUCAAAACGAUUGCGGCCCCUGAUAUCGAACCGUCUACACCAUCAACCGACGAGCAGCGGAAGAAUCUGAAAAACGGGCGCUGGAGAUGGGUGAUGAAGGGGUUUGUGGGAGAUAACACUGUUUUCGUGCAUCUGAUGAGGCAUAAGGGCUUCGUGGCGCUUACCUUAGAGUAA